AAUCGCCCAGCAGAUAGGAAGUCAAGGAGAUUUAGGGAGAGGAUCUUGAUUCCCACCCACUCCUAACGCGUUUCCUCGCCGUUACCUUCCUUCUUCACGCUUCAAAAAAAAAGAAAAGAAGAAAAAAAAGACAGCAAAAAAACAGAGGAUUGCUUUGAAACAGAGAGAUGGUGAUGAUGAUGAAAUCAGAGACGUUGACGCUGUUAUUGGUGAAUCUGGCUGGGAUUAUGGAGAGAGCCGACGAGUCUCUGCUUCCUGGAGUCUACAAGGAAGUCGGUGCGGCUCUCCACACCGACCCAACUGGGCUCGGCUCCCUCACUCUAUUCAGAUCCAUAGUACAGUCGGCUUGCUACCCACUCGCCGCCUACCUCGCUGUCCGUCACAACCGUGCCCACGUCAUCGCCCUCGGCGCUUUCCUCUGGGCCGCCGCCACUUUCCUCGUCGGCAUUUCCUCCACUUUCUUUCAGGUGGCAGUUUCAAGAGGUUUGAAUGGAAUAGGACUUGCCAUAGUCACACCAGCCAUUCUGUCGCUAGUUGCAGACUCAACUGAUGAGACCAACCGUGGUAUGGCUUUUGGAUGGCUACAAUUAGCAGGAAACUUUGGCUCAAUCAUUGGUGGGCUUUGUUCAGUGCUGAUAGCCUCAACAUCAUUCAUGGGUAUCGCUGGUUGGAGAAUAGCCUUCCAUCUGGUUGGGCUAAUUAGUGUUAUAGUUGGUGUUUUGGUUCGCCUCUUUGCCAAUGAUCCCCGCUUUUCUGACGGUAAUGCUAAAGCUCAAAUUCCAAAUAAACCCUUUUGGUCAGAAAUGAAAGACCUGGUUAAAGAAGCAAAAUCAGUAAUGAAAAUAUCAUCUUUCCAAAUAAUUGUGGCCCAAGGUGUUGCCGGAUCCUUUCCUUGGUCAGCUUUGUCAUUUGCCCCUAUGUGGUUAGAGCUUAUUGGUUUCUCCCACAAGACAGUGGCAAUACUCUGGACCCUUUUUGUUAUGGCUGGAUCACUCGGUGGUCUAUUUGGAGGAAAGAUGGGGGAUAUCCUUGGCCAACGCUUUCCAAAUUCUGGGAGAAUAAUUCUGUCGCAGAUUAGCUCUGUUUCAGCUAUCCCUUUAGCUGCAAUACUGCUGCUAGUAUUGCCUGAUGAUCCUUCUACAGCAUUCAUGCAUGGUUUGAUCAUGUUCAUCAUGGGGUUAUGCAUAUCCUGGAAUGGACCAGCUACAAACAGUCCAAUAUUUGCAGAGAUAGUUCCUGAGAGAUCUCGAACAACCAUCUAUGCUUUGGAUCGAUCUUUUGAGUCUAUACUAUCUUCAUUUGCUCCCCCUGUAGUUGGGAUUCUGGCUCAGCAUGUUUUCGGUUAUAAACCAAUUCAAAAAGGCUCAACAGACUCGGAAGAAAUUGAAACAGAUAGAGAGAAUGCCGCACCACUUGCCAAGGCACUUUACUCAGCAAUUGGUAUUCCAUUUGUGAUAUGUUGCCUCUUCUACUCUUUCCUCUACUAUACUUAUCCAAGAGACAGAGAGCGGGCAAGAAUGCAUGCUUUAAUAGAGUCAGAGAUGCAACCAAUAGAGAAUCCUCCUUCUGAACAAGAAUACUCUCAACUUCAUGUUUCGGGAUUAGAUGAGCUACAAAGAAAGGAAAGAAGUGUGAUUCAAAUGUAUUAUGAAGGAGAGGAAAGCCUUAAUGUUGACGAGAAUGAUGAGAAGAGAUUGCUUUCCUGUGAGCUGCCACUGUCAGAUAAUGGCAAAUCAUAGAAGCUGGUUCACACAAGCUGGACAACCACUUACCAUGUGUAAUCAAGAAUAGCGUUAACCAACAUGAUUUUCCCAAAUUCGGUAAUGGAAGAGGAACCUCGGCUUCUGCGUUACCACAACACCCAAAGCACCAGUUCAUUUGAUUUUUCAUACUUGCUUCUCUAUCUCUUUUACAUAUUUUCAUGCCCAGAGGGAUUGAUUGGUUUUACUUCUAUAAUGAUCUUGUACAAACUUGUACAUAACACACAAAGGUAUAAUCAAAUUACAUUUUUAUAGAAUAGCUUAGAAUUAGCUGCAAUUUGUGAA